AUACAUAUUAUUGAAUGUACAAAUAGACGAGAAGAAAUUCAAUAAGCAAUAUCCACCAAUCAAUGAAACAUUUAUGAUUUAAUAAUAUAAUUGAUAUCAGACUAAUCAAAUGGGAUAAUUACAUUAAGUUACGUCAAUUUUGCGAACUGAUUUCUGUUGAAAAAUAAGAGAAAACAACGAAAAAUCUUAACUUGAAAAUAUAUGUCAGUAUGUCAACUAGAAAAUUUAAAAUUUUGGUUUUUUUUUUCGAAGAAAUAUAUAAUUAAUGGAAUCCGAAGAUGAAAACUGUGGUUGCAUUUCAAAACGAAGAAAAUCCAGUGAGAAAAAUCCUAGAUUGAGCGCAAUAAACUUUACUCCAGUUAUUACAUUACCACUGGGCCCAGUAGCUCAUUCCGAGUAUUUCAAAGGUAAAAGGGUAUUAGUUACUGGCGCAACGAGAGGAAUCGGCAAAAACUUAGUGAAAAAUCUCCAUUAUCUUGGCGCUCAAGUGAUAGCACUAGGCAGAACUGAAGCUGAUUUGGAAAUUUUGUGUGCAGAAGUCAGUGGUUUACAUCCAUUAUUCAUUGACAUAUCUAAAUGGUCUGCGUUAGAAAGGAAACUAAGCAAUAUAGGAGAUAUAGAUUUCCUAGUGAACUGUGCUGGAGUGUCGUAUCUAGGAUCAAUAUUGAAUACAACAGAGGAUCAAUUUGAUGAAAUCUUCAACAUCAAUACCAAAGGUUUGAUCAACAUUACCAAGCUUUUUGCCCAAUUACUUAUCAAACGAAAAGCUAAAGGUUCCAUUGUUUCCAUAAGUUCACAAUCAAGCACAUUCGGAAUUAAAAGACAUGGUUUAUUUGGAGCCUCUAAGGCUGCAGUGGAAGCAUUUACAAGGGCAGCUGCGAUAGAGUUUGGCCCACAUGGUAUAAGAAUAAACUGCAUUAGUCCUUCAAUUGUCAUGACAAAAACUGCCAGAAUCGUAUGGAGCAAAGGAAAGGAGUCCAAAAAUAUAAUAGCAAAAAUACCGAUGAAGAGAUUUGGUGAGAUCCAUGAGGCGGUUCAAGCAAUUCUGUUUUUAUUAAGUGACAAAUCCUCAAUGAUUACUGGUUAUAUAAUGCCUGUGGAUGGUGGUUUUUCAGCUUGUUAAAAUUUCUUUUUAUUUGUUUUAGCUAUAUAUUAUAUUUUUGAACCAUAUAAAAUUUGAAUUUAAAAUUAUACAAUUGUUAUACAUAUAUAAAAUGUUGUAAAAAAUA